UGCGAUGAAUUCAAAGAGAAAACGAGUGCAAGUACACCGUAGCGUGCCACGAAGUGACAAGUGGCCGAAUGAUUCAAUAGAGAGCAAAGGCUCAUUAAACUGUGCAACACGGCGAGAGUUGGAUCGUGUUAUCGGAUUCAGUAGCGACGAGGACGACGUCGUUGGAGAAGGAUGUAGAAACAUUCGUUCUUAUGACGGAAACAGCGAACAAAAUCGUGCUUUGAACGUGUGGAAUUCGGUCCGUCCCCGAACAAAAGCGACUCAAAUUUUCAGGAGAGAGUACGUGGACAAGGCCGACGAGUGGAGGCGAGACUACACUCGCUCGCGCAAGAGGAAGGCAAUUAGGGACGGUGUUCUUUUUAUUUCAUUCGUAUUCUUUCUGGCUUUAUCCUUGGCGGCUGGUUACGCCAACAGGCGGUCGGCAAACUCGUCUAGUGAGAAAGACGAUUCGUGCCACCAGUCUUACAGUCAUGGGCAGACUGUAACAUCUCAUUUAGGGUAUGAUGGUCAGCUCAGUGUGGCAGGAUUGUUGACUAGUCAUGUAAAUUCUAAAGCGGGGAAUUGUAUAUGUGGAUAUGAAGAGCCACCUUGUGACACUUCUAUUGAAGAAGCCAGAAAUUUAUUGUUUGUCUUGCAUGAGGAUAGAAAUUGGACUGAAUCAGAUCUGGCAGCUGCAAUAGAAGAACUGUGUAACAGCAAUUGCCAUUAUAGCAAAAUCAGGUUGUAUCAAGCUGAUGGUAGUGUUGUAGAUAAUUCUUCACUUUCCAACAUUGCCUAUUUUGCAUCGGGCUCUCCAAUUAGACCUUUUCCUUGUCAUUUGUGGCAUGAAGUGGUGAUGUAUAGUGUCCAUGCUAUUAUAGGUGCAGUAUGUAUAGUGGUCUUGUUUGUGAUGAUUUGGGGAUAUGGACAAUAUAUUGAGAUAGAAACAGUCAAGGUGUUUGACUUAGUAAACAGUGUUCUAGGAUUAUUGGAGGACAGAUAUGAAAUGAGUAAAGAGAGUGCUUCUGUUGAUCCUUUCUUAUCUGUUGAUGAAACAAGAGAGACAAUUUUUUCAACAAGCAAUGGAGUGAACAAGGAGUCAUUAUGGCUUAGUGCAGUUGACUGGAUUGUGUUCAAUGAGUCUCACAUUCGAUUGGAGACUCGUCAGCUGUCAGGAAAAGACUUCAGUGUAUGGCGGUGGAUUCCAAUAGAUGACAAUGAUGUAGAUGGACUUGAGACACAAGAACAAAGUAUGGGUGGUAACCAUGUAGCUGUUUGGCAAGGAAAAGCUUUAGAAGAUUAUCCUCAACAUGUGGCUCGACGGUUGGCUGUACGGCGUGGGAAACCAACUAGAUGUGUGAAACUAAAGAAUGUAUUUGAUAUAGCCAAACAGCAGUUGAGUGACACAGCUGUAGCAGACAUUGAGAAUGCAAUAUUGAAGAAGUGUGUACAGCUGGGAGGCAUAACUCAUAUUCAUGUCAGUAGAACAUCUAGAGAGGGAACUGUGUAUCUAAGAUGUCAUUCAAAAGAAGAAGCUUUUGACAUCCGGGAAAGUCUUCAUGGAACAUGGUUUAACGGGAAGCUUAUUACAGCCAGCUAUGUACAUGAAGCACGCUAUGAUACACGGUUUCCAGAGGCAGCCAAAUCGAACAAACUGUUGUUUCCCACCACAUAGCUUGUUGAUCUGAAUGUUCUUAGAGAAGGAAUGUUUUACUAGGUGAGGAUCUUAUUAGAAAUUACAGACUGGCAAUGAUAUAUCUGAGUACAUAGCUGAUAUCAUGAAUUGCAGAUUCAGUACAAUACAGUACAUAAUCAACUUGAA